CAGCAGGGAGGUCGAAGAACCGAUCGGUCUAAAACCCUAUAAAAGAAAGAAGAAGAAGAAGAAAAACCGAUCGAUUUCUUCCUUUUUUUUUUUUUUUUUGAAGUGAACAUCUGAAGAAUCUCAUGUUAUGAACGCUAAUCUCAAAGCUGAUGCAGGAAGGAGAAGACCAUGAAUCCGUCCAAUAUAUAGAUGUAGAAUUAGUCGGUGAUAAACGACUGAAAAGCUAAAAAGUCGGACGGAAAAGAACAGGAAGGACACCAACGAAGGAGAUAUACCGUAAUAUACAUUUAGGUAGGAAGUUGGUCUUGCAAACAUGAAUGACAACAAGCGCACAAAGAGUGCAGGGAAUUUGCAGAAUGACAGAGGAGGUGAUAAUCAGUUUAGUUGCAAUCAGUAUGGCCAGAACUCAGGGGAUUGGCAGUAUGAUAAUAAGUCCUUCAGUACAAAUGCAGUUGACAGUUCUGUAAAUCGUCCUUUACAUAGCAGUGGUGAUUCACAGAAUAACAGCUCAUACAGGGGCCAGCAGAGGAAUGCCCCCUACAGAAGUGGUCAGCAUAGGGACAGCACACAAAGAAGUGCUCCCAGCAGAAACAACUCCAGUGGAAGCAACUCUACUUGGAGAAACACAUCCAGAGAUAAUUCCAUGAGGGGAGGCCCAAGCAGGGAUGGUCCAUACAGAGCUCACCCUUAUAGACGUAGCCCAAGUAUGGAUAAUCCUGCCAGGGAGAGGAUCAACUCUUAUCGAGCUUACGAUCGCAGUAGCGAGAGAGAAACUCCUCAGACACAAAGUAGUGAUGUAGGAGGAAUUCUUGGUCGGAGUGGGGGAAACACAAGCAAAAGACAUGACACUGCACUGGGCGAUUGCAGCUACAAUGGUGACACAAACUACAGACAAGUUGCUCCACCACCUCCACCGUGCUUGAAUCCUGCUGUGUCUGGUGCUAAUUCAGGCAAUCAGGGAAUUAAUGACUUCCUGGCUGAGAAGUUGGGUGAAUAUUCUGUGAACAGUAGUGCAGAAGCACAGCAAGCUUUGAAGAUCAUCAACAUGUUCUUAAAACCCAUUCAAGAAUAUAAUAUCAAGCUUCAAGAUGCAAAAGCCAUUGCUCUGGUGAGUGUGGCAGAGAUGAAUAUUCAGACACUUAUGGAACGAGAUAUCUUCUCUUAGUGCUUGUGAUAGCUGUGAAUGUUCUCAGAAUGUGAAGGUGGAAAGAGUAACAGUAUAUAAAAUGUAAUUCUUGGAAGGUGGUUUUUGAACAAAGGAACAACAAUGAAAAUGUUUUUUGAACAAAUGAACAACAAUGAAAAUGUUUUUUGAACAAAGGAACAACAAUGAAAAUGUUUUUUGAACAUAUGGUGUUCAUCGCGUGAGAGUUGAUGUAGGAGUAUUGGGGAUAUGUCGCUUUAACUCAUUCACGCCGGGUAAAAAUGAACAAAAAAUGGGGAAAAUGCUGUUCUCAUUUCUUAUAUUGUUUAAUGAAAUUUCUCUACGCUAGAUGGCUCUGCCUUACCUGAUUUCACCUUUACUUGAAUUGGCAGGAAAAUGUAUUUUUACUAGUGUUACGAAUAUCGAUGGUUAUUUUUAUUAUAAACAGUAUAAUUACUAUAAUGUUAUAAACAUUAGUAACAGCAAAAUAAGAUAACGCAAAAUUAUUUCGUAAAUUAAAGAAAAGGGUAAACAGGCGAGACAGGUAGUACAAGUACAAGUGUAGCCAUCUAUGUGUGAAAACAAUUAAACAAGUAAACUCACAGUGAGCCUGUCACGUAUACAUGACGCCCGGCGCGAAUGGGUUAAGAUUUGAAAGAUAAUGCGAAUGACGAUUGUAUUGGUAACAUUUUAAAAAUUUGAUGAUAUGAGGUCGUAUUCCUACUAUUUUUUUUUCUCUCCUUCCAUUUAUUAUACUGCAACAUAAUUUACUACUUAUUAUGAGUUAUGCAUGUGUUUUUUUUUUUUCUAACAUUUUCAUUAAGUAGUUAAUGAGAUUAUUGAAAUGAUAAGAUCUGCUGAUGAAGAUGCAUUAUGGUUUAAUAUAGUCCUUUUUUGUAGAAACACCUUAAUCAAAAUUGAGGCAUUGUGUCACUAUAAUGCUGUCUGUAUGAUAUGUGAAUCUGUUCUGGAAAAUGCCUUUUAUGUAAAGACAAAUAAAAUCUGUGAUGGCCUAA